AACAAGCAAUCACAUAGGGUGGAGAGGUCAUCCCCUGUCUUUAUAAAACCCUCUUACGCUUGUGGUGAAAAAUCAAGGGCAAGGAAAGGCAGCUGAGAUAUAGCUAAAGAUAAGAGUCACGAACAUGGCUUCUCGGAAGCAAAAGAAGCAGGCUGCUCUAUAUGACCAGCUGCAAUUGCUCCGUGAUGUUACCAACUCUACUGCUAUGAAUAAAACCUCAAUUGUUGUAGAUGCCUCUAAAUAUAUAGAAGAGUUGAAGGAAAAAGUGGAAAGGCUGAACCAAGAGAUAGGAACUUCACAACUAGCUGAGACUUCCCAAAAUCAAUUACCUAUGCAGGUUACAGUGGAAACCCUAGAAAAGGGUUUCCUUAUUAAUGUGCUGUCAGAAAAGAAUUGCCCAGGUUUGCUUGUUUCCAUAUUGGAAGCCUUCGAAGAACUAGGCCUUGAAGUGAUUGAUGCUAGGGUUUCCUGUGAAGACAAUUUUCAACUGGAAGCAGUUGGAGGAGAAUACCAAGGGGAUGCUGAUAGCUUAGAUUCUCAAGUGGUGAAACAGGCCGUGCUUCAGGCGAUCAACAACUGCAAUGAAAGUAGUGACCAAGAUUGACCCAAAUUUUAUAUUUUGAGCCAAUAUUUAUCUCUCUUUUUGAUUCCAUGCAAAUGUUUAUGGUAUCACUUAGGCAGCCGUCAAUCCAUAUGCAUAUUAAUUAUGAACAUGUAUUAUUAGAGGUGUCAAUUUUUAUUUA